GCUGUCAUUCCCUCUCUGAGCCUCAGAGAGGGAGGCACGCUUUCCUGGAGCUCCUGGCGCCAGAGCAGGUGCUCACUCCCCAGCCGCCUGCUAAUUCCGAGCUUGCCGGGAGAUCGGAAUGGUCACCUGGAGCAACAUGGGGCCUACCCUGGCGGUCCCCACCCCAUACGGCUGUAUUGGCUGCAAGCUGCCGCAGCCCGAUUACCCACCGCUUCUCAUCACCUUCAUGUUCUGCGCAAUGAUCAUCACCAUCGUCGUAGACCUGAUCGGCAACUCCAUGGUCAUUUUGGCUGUGUCGAAGAACAAGAAGCUCCGAAACUCUGGCAACAUCUUUGUAGUCAGUCUCUCCAUGGCUGACAUGCUGGUGGCCAUCUACCCCUACCCUCUGAUGCUGCAUGCCAUGUCCGUUGGGGGCUGGGAUCUGAGCCAGCUCCAGUGCCAGAUGGUCGGGUUCGUCACAGGGCUGAGUGUGGUGGGUUCCAUCUUCAACAUCGUCGCCAUCGCCAUCAACCGUUACUGCUACAUCUGCCACAGCCUCCAGUACGAGCGGAUCUUCAGCGUGCGCAACACUUGCAUCUACCUGGUCGUCACCUGGGUCAUGACCGUCCUGGCUGUCCUGCCCAACAUGUACAUUGGCACCAUUGAGUACGAUCCUCGCACCUACACCUGCAUCUUCAACCACCUGAACAACCCUAUCUUCGCCGUGACCAUCGUCUGCAUCCACUUCGUCCUCCCUCUCCUCAUAGUCGGUUUCUGCUAUGUGAGAAUCUGGACCAAAGUGCUGGCAGCUCGAGACCCGGCUGGACAGAAUCCUGACAACCAACUUGCAGAGGUUCGCAAUUUCCUAACCAUGUUUGUGAUCUUCCUCCUUUUUGCAGUGUGCUGGUGCCCUAUCAACGUGCUCACUGUGUUGGUGGCUGUCAGUCCGAAGGAGAUGGCAGGCAAGAUCCCCCCCUGGCUUUAUCUUGCAGCCUACUUCAUAGCCUACUUCAACAGCUGCCUCAACGCUGUCAUCUAUGGGCUCCUCAAUGAGAAUUUCCGGCGAGAAUACUGGACCAUCUUCCAUUGUAUGCGACACCCAAUCCUGUUCCUCUCUGGUCUCAUCACUGAUAUUCGUGAGACGCAGGAGGCCCGCGCCCUGGCCCGUGCCCGUGCCCGUGCCCGUGAUGAAGCCCGAGAACAAGACCGUGCCCGCACCUGUCCUGCUGUGGAGGGAAUCCCAAUGAGUGUCCGAAAUGUUCCACUGCCUGGCGACGCUGCAGCUGGUCACCCUGAUCGUGCCUCUGACCUCCCCAAGCCCCACACCAGAUCUGCCUCUGCCUACCGCAAAUCUUCCUCUAGUCACCACAAGUCUGUCUCUGGCCACUCGAGGGUUUCCCCUGGCCACUCCAAGUCUCCCUCUGUCCACCCCAAAUCUGCCACUGUCUACCCCAAGCCGGCUUCUGUCCACUUCAAGGGUGACUCAGUGCACUUCAAAGCUGAGUCUGUCCACUUCAAGUCUCUUUCCAAGCCUUCCGCCAGCCACUCCACUUUCAGCCCUGUCACCAGCCACCCUAAACCCACCCCUGACCACACCAAGCCUGCAAUCAGCCACCCCGAACCCACCACUACCGACUACCUGGAGCCUGCCACCACCAGCCACUCUGUGCCCAUCCCUGCCGGCCAGCCUGAGCUCUCUGCCUCUCAAUGCUCUGAGAUCACCACCACGGGCCCCUUUGAGUCUCAUGUCACUGACCUCCCCGAGCCUGUCUCCAGCCUUACUACUGUGUCUCCCGAGCCCGCCGCCGUUGCUGACCUUCCCACCCCUACUGUGGUCACCAUUGCCACCAGUGUUUACCACGAGAUUGUGGUUAUUGAUGUUGAGGAUGAUUCUGAUGAGAUGGCUGUGUGA